GUGAACUGGGUCUGUGAGCAUCUGCAGUGCGCAUCGUGUGUUGUGUUGUGAAUGGUGUCGUUACGAGCCACUUUCGACCAAAAGUUCGGUAGCUGAUUCACGAUUUGUGACCGUAAAAAUGUUUAUGUGUAUAUAACACUUAAAAGUCAACGUGCACGCGUUGCGAUUUCGUGCGAAGUAUAAAUGAUUAGGUCCGCUUUGCGGUAGAAGUAACGUUGUUCCCUUACGACACUAUAAUCGUGUUGCUCGUAGAGCGGGAACCGUCGAAUAUCGCACAAUGGCAGAUUUCGACGCGAUCUACGAAGAAGAGGAAGAAAAUGAGCAGAAUUUGGAGGAACAUUACGUGACAAUGGUGGCCGAUCCUAUAGUUAUUCGAGGAGCUGGUAACAUGACUGUGUUUGGUCUUAGCAAUCGUUUCGAAUCGGAGUUUCCAAAUGGCCUGGUGUCACGUGUUGCUCCGGAAGAAUUUAAAGCAACUGUCAUGAGAAUAAACAGUGUGUUGAAAAAAACUUUGCCGGUUAAUGUUAAGUGGUUAUUUUGUGGCUGUGUAUGCUGUUGUUGUACAUUAGGUUGUUCCCUUUGGCCUGUCAUCUGUUUGAGUAAAAGGACACAGCACUCGUUAAACAAAUUAUUAGAAUGGGAAAACAGUAGACUCUAUCACAAACUUGGGUUACAUUGGAGACUGGCAAAACAGAGAUGUGACACUUCGUCUAUGAUGGAAUAUGUACUCUUAAUUGAAUUUAUUCCAAAAGUACCCAUAUAUAAACCUGACUAAAGUCAAGGUCUGGAUUCUUAUGUAACUGAUACACACAUAACAAAUCAGUUUGUGGCAUACAAAAAAAAAGCUGUAUCUUUUGGCUUUAUUUGAAAUGAAAGAGUGUUAUGCGCUACUAGAGGUAGCACUUGCUGGAGACAUAUUUUUGUAAAUAUUAGUAGGAUUGCACAGUACAAUAAUGAGAUAUGAAUGUAGGGUAACUAUUAUACAUUAGGUUUACUCCUUGAAAAUUAUCGACUUGACCAGGUAUAAAAAUAUGGACAAUUUGUUCAUUUUCUAAUCAGAAAAUGUACUGUUUCUUUUUUUUUUGUAUCUUCCAUUACUCCAUAAAAAACGAGAAACAUUAGCGAGUGUUUACUGUCUUGCACAGAAGAAAUGAUAUAAAAGGAUCGUAUACGUGUUUAGAAAUACUACUUGAUGUCUAGUUUGCUAGUCAUUAACACAUAAUUGUCCUAAAUAGUUUUCGAUUCUCUGUUAAUAGUUUACGAAAAUGUUUUCGAUUAGACAUUGAGCUCUGAGGCAAGAAAUCGAUCUG